UCCUAGCUGAUAGCACUAUGGCUUGCUCUUCAGAGAGGCUCUGAGUCUCUCUUCUCUCCGCUCAUGUUCCUCCCAUCCCUUCUGUGCUGAGAUACUGUGAUCUUACAAAUCCUUCCAAGGAGCUGCAUGUACCAAGUCAACCACCCCAAACACAGACACAGCAGCCAGCUAGAUCCCUCAGCAAGGACCCUCACCCUCCUCACAUUCCCUGACUUUACCACCACUUGCCCUGCCGUGUGACAUCUUCACCAUAAAGGGGGACAGUGCAUCAGCUUGAAGGAAAGCGAGGAGUCCUUUGGUUUCCUUAUUGGUUCCCAAAGUAGCUUAAGGAGGAGCUUGCUUUUUUUUUUCUUCUUGCCUUUCUUGCUGUUUGGAGAUGGUAACAGAACCCAGAAGACAUUACCAAGUGUGGGAAGUGAUGGAGGAAACCCUGAAGUGAAUGACAGGAUACAGGACACUGCAAGCACUAAGGCACAAUAGUCCGUGCUCUUUAAGGACAUUUUUUUGUGUUUUCCUGGAAUUGGACUGAGGAAUAUAGGAUUUGCAAGGAGAAUUUUUAUCACUUGUAUUGCUACCAAUCCAGCCAGAGGAUGCAGAGCAGGCUGGUCUUCUGCUGCUGGGUGAUGCUCAUCCAUUUAGCCAGUGCUACUAAGGAAGCAGACAAAUGCGGCGAAACUAUCCUGAUCGAAGAACCCGGUUAUGUUGUCUCCCCUGGAUAUCCAAAUUCAUACACCCCUUCCCAGAAAUGUGAAUGGAUAUUAAAGAUAAAGUCUCCCAAAAGGGACCAGAGGAUUCUUAUCAACUUCAACCCUCACUUCGAUUUAGAAGACAGAGAAUGCAAAUAUGAUUAUGUGGAAGUCUACAGUGGGGAAAAUGCAGACGGUCAUCUUUUGGGUAAAUAUUGUGGAAAAAUCGCACCCUCAGCUGUGGUGUCCACUGGACCAUCCCUGUUUAUCAGAUUUGUGUCGGACUAUGAAACACAUGGAGCUGGAUUCUCAAUUCGCUAUGAAAUCUUUAAAGCAGGUCCAGAGUGUUCCCAGAACUUUACAUCAGCCAAUGGAGUCAUCAAAUCUCCAAAAUACCCCGAGAAAUACCCCAAUAAUGCCCAAUGCACCUAUAUUAUUUUUGCGCCAAAGAUGUCGGAGAUCAUUAUGGAAUUUGAAAGCUUUGAGUUGGAGCCAGACACUAAUGCUCAAGUAGGGCGGCCAUGUCGAUAUGAUUACUUGGAGAUAUGGGAUGGAUUUCCAGAAGUGGGGCCUCACAUUGGACGUUACUGUGGACAGAACAACCCAGGGCGAGUCAGGGCCUCGUCUGGAAUCAUGUCCGUUGUUUUUCAUGCAGACAAUGCAAUAGCAAAGGAAGGAUUCUCUGCAAACUAUUCUGUACUACAGAGCAACGCAGAGAAAGAUUUUGAGUGCAAAGAGGCCCUCGGAAUGGAAUCUGGGGAAAUAACUCCAGACCAAAUCACAGCGUCUUCACAUUAUAGCACCAACUGGUCUACAGAAAGGUCAAGACUCAACUAUCCUGAGAACGGAUGGACACCUGGUGAGGACACAGUUAAAGAAUGGAUACAGGUAGACCUAGGACUGCUCCGAUUUGUUUCUGGCAUUGGGAUGCAGGGAGCCAUAUCAAAGGAAACCAAGAAAAAGUAUUACGUGAAGUUGUAUAAAGUCGAUAUUAGCUCCAAUGGAGAGGACUGGAUUACCCUUAAAGAUGGAAAUAAACAUCUGAUCCUUCCAGGAAACACCAACCCAAUUGAUGUCGUAUACAGUCCGUUCCCCAAGCCUGUGCUCACUAGGUUUGUUAAAAUACGCCCUGUAACUUGGGAAACUGGCAUUUCGUUGAGAUUUGAAGUUUACGGCUGUAAAAUUUCAGAUUAUCCAUGUUCUGGAAUGUUAGGAAUGGUUUCAGGACUCAUCUCUGAUUCCCAAAUUACAGCCUCCAACGAGGUUGACCGUAAGUGGCUCCCGGAGCAUGCUCGUCUGUUAACCAGCCACAAUGGUUGGGCACUUCCAACCCCAACUGACCAUAUUUAUACCAGCGAAUGGCUGCAGAUUGACCUUGGAGAAGAGAAGACUGUACGUGGAAUUAUCAUUCAGGGUGGAAAACACAGGGAAAAUAAAGUCUUCAUGAGAAAGUUUAAAAUUGGAUAUAGCAAAAAUGGGCAUGACUGGGAACAUAUCAUGGACUCAAAAAAGAAUAAAGCAAAGACGUUUGAAGGCAAUACAAACUACGAUACUCCAGAAUUACGUACCUUUGCACCCAUACCGGCCAGAUUUAUCCGUAUCAUUCCGGAAAGAGCAUCAGUGUUAGGUCUUGGGCUACGAAUGGAGCUGUUGGGUUGUGAAGUUGAAGCACCCACAAUUAUUCCCACCACGCCCAAGAUUAGCGCUGAAGAUGACUGUGAUGAUGACCAGAUCCCCUGCCACAGUGGUACCAGUGAAGACUACAAGAUCACAGCUGGAACGACAAUUCAUAGCACAGAGACACCGACAACUGAAGACAUCACGAAAUCAGAGCCACCGCCCAGCGAUCUGGACUGUAAAUUUGGAUGGGGAUCAGAGAAGACAGUCUGUAAGUGGGAACAUGAUAACACUCUAGGACUAAAGUGGACAGUGCUGAACAGCAAAACCGGCCCAGUACAGGAUCACACAGGAGAUGGCAACUUUAUUUACUCCGAAUCUGAUGAAAGACAUAGUGGAAAAGUCGCCCGCCUCCUAAGCCCUGUUGUGGAAUCCAUGAAUUCCUCACAGUGCAUGACAUUCUGGUACCAUAUAUCCGGAUCCCAAGUUGGUUCCUUGAGUAUAAAACUACAUGACGAAAGACAAGAAAGCUUCGACCAAGUGCUCUGGGCGGCUGGUGGCGACAGCAAGUAUCACAACAUGUGGCGAGAAGCUCGAGUUCCCCUGUACAAGUCCGUAAAGCCAUACCGGGUGGUGGUUGAGGGCAAGAUUGGCAUGGGGAGUACUGGAGGAAUAGCGGUGGAUGAUAUCGCCAUUGCUAAUAAAAUUGCUCCUGAAGAUUGUAAAGGACCUGAGCCACCAAAAUCUGGAGCUGGAACCGUGGACCAAACAAAUGAUAUACAAGGUAUCACACCUAAUUAUCCUGGUUCGAAUAACACGGUCAUCAGACAUCCGGGCGGUGUACUGAAGAACUUGGACCCCAUCCUUAUCACCAUCAUUGCAAUGAGUGCCCUGGGGGUACUCCUAGGUGCUAUAUGUGGAGUGGUCCUCUACUGUGCUUGUUGGCACCAUGUAAUAUCACAAAGAAACUUGUCUGCCCUAGAAAAUUACAAUUUCGAACUUGUGGAUGGUGUCAAGUUGAAAAAGGACAAACUAAACACACAAAAUACAUAUUCAGAGGCAUGAAAUGGCGGAAGUAAAUGUAGUACUUUUGGUGGAAAGACUGAAAUCAACCUUGGUGAAGGCGGACCGAUGAUCUUUUACUGUUUAGGCUAAAAAAUGCGUUGGUUGUCGUGAAGCCAAACUUCUCUCAGGAGCUUCAGUGAAUAUACCUGAAAACUAUGAACGUAUAUACAAUCUGAAUCAUGUACAGCUGGCUUUUCUGUUCGUUAUUUCGUUUAUGGAUAAUCCGAUGCUGGUGUUGAGACCAAUUAUGAUCGAUUUUAUGGUUUUGUAACCUCUGUUUCGUUUUGUUCUGUUUCCUGCUGCGGAUACUUCUUGGUUGUGCACAGAACCCAGAAAGCGGUCACGAGACAACACUCGGUGGGGAGGUGCUUUGGAUGGGCACAUAGACCUAUGUAUCCUGCAUCCCUACACAUCAUUGGACUCGCAGCACGACUAUUUCGUGUUUGUGCAUAUCUGUUUGUGCUGUAACAAAGGCUUAGGAAGUCCUAAAAUGUGCCACUAUGAUGUUUUUUGGCAUUCUUGAAGCAAAGCUAUCCAUUAUCGUUGUGUUUCAGUGUUGUUCUGAAGCAUAGUGCUUAAAAACGUCUAUACAGUACAUGCACCGUCAUCGAAUGCAACAGCAAUAGGGGGUAAUGGUCUACCCUUUGAGGAAAUGUUGCGGCACUAGCUAGUGGAUGUCCUCUCAAGUGCCUUUUUGUGUUUGUGCUAGUUUUGACUGUAUUCUCACUGAUUAGAAUAAUGUUCUUUUUUUAUCAUAGGCCCUUGUCAAUAACUGUGUACUAGAGUGGUCAUUUUUUUCCGAUGACCUCCAUCAGGCAAGGGCUCUGGAUAAACCAUCAACUUGGCUAAAAAGCUUUUCUUUUUGAAUAUCAAUUCUUUUCAUUAUUUUUUUUUUAAGUCAAAACCACAAGGUUAUUGUACAAGAAAGCUGCAAUAUUAAAUUUGUGUUCUUCUCUAUAGAAUGUAUUUAACAAUUUGUACUCACCUCUGAGUAGACAAUGUAAAAGCUUUUAGCCUUGACUCAGAGGCAAGAAGCAGCUCUGUUGCUGAAAACCAUCUUUUUUUGUUUAGAACGAACAAGGGAAAGUUCUGACAUUUACCCUACAAAGUUUAACUUUCUGUCAAGGGGUCAGAAGCUUUGGUAUCAUUUUUCCAAAAAGUCAAGUGCUUAUAUAAUACCCAUGGUGAAGAACAGUAAUGUGUUGUAUCUCAAUGCCGUUGGACCAAUAGAGGUUGGUGUCUACCUUGUAGAUACGUGACAUCAUUGUUUUUGUACCACACUAUGAAAUAACUCUUAGACCAAAUAUACUAAGUUUAGUCAACCUUUUGAAUUGUAAAGGUUAUGGACACAUUUGGGGACAAUUUUUUCAUGAUUGCCUUCUAUUUUGGGUUAAAAAUAAUUUCUUCAACUGGUCUUUAUAAAAAAAAAAAAAACUUUCUACAGUUUGUCUCUCCCUUCUACAGUCUUCAUUUUCAGUGCAUCUGCAGACUGUCUCUUUUGUGUCUCAAUCAAUCCAUCGGAGAGCUUCUCUGCCGAUUCAACCUGUAGCUCUUAUCUCUAAUUUCCUAACAGCUCAUAAAUGCUCAUUUACGCAAAAUUAGGAUCAAACUGAUAGGACUUUAGCUGAAAUGAGUGUUUAUGAGCUGUCAGGGAACUAGAAAUAAGGACUACCGGAUCAAGCCAUCAGAGCAGCUCUGUGAUGGAUCCACUGAGAAGCACCAGUCUGCAGAUGCAGUUUUGAAGAGUGUAGAAGACAAAUUGAUUACUUUUUUUUAAUAACGACCAAUUGGGAAAAUGCCUUUUAGCUCAAAAUAAGUAGAAUGCAAUAAUAAAAUAAAUUUCCCCAAAGGUGUCCAUAGCUUUUAAGUCUUUGAUUUUACUUGGGGUUGAGGAAAGUAGCGCAAUACAAAAUAUUCCAUGGGGGGGCCAAGGGUUUGACAUAGAUCCUAAUUCAUUUCCUAUGAAGUCCUACUGAUUAUGGAUUGUCUCAGUAGGGCACUCACAUUAUCAAUAUGGACCUAUGUAACUUAGACCUCAUAAUGUACGUUUUGGAGUACAUUAUGGGUUCAUAUUUGAAGUAAAAUUGUCAUGAGAUCAUAUGAUAUUAGAAACUAAUUGACCAUAUACUUAGGUGAAUUUAACAUUUUGUUUCUAUUGGUACCAUAGUCAUUACUUUGUGCCGUUGCCACUUGUUCUCACAACUUUCUACACAGCUUCCAUGUUCUCCCGGUACCUGUUGGUAUGCAUCACGUUUAUAGAAUUUUGUUGGGUUUUUAACUUCAAAUUACUCACAGCUAGUAGCAUUGUAAUUUAUUAUUUAUUAUCACUUUAUAACCUUAGACUAUUAGAUGUUCCCUCUGCUCUAAAAUCUGCCCUGGUCUCGUGUGCUCCUGGAGAGCAGAAAACUGGGACAGCAAAUGGAUUUGUGAAUUAUGACCACAAUAUGAACCUACAGGAAAAGCUUUCCUGGCCACUCUUAUGGUGAUCAAUAAAUACAGGACUGGGUGUCUUGCGUGCUAGUGAUUUCAAAACAGGAUUAACUGUUAUAAUAAAAUCACAGCCAAAAUGAUGUCAUAAAAUUGGGGAGAAAUGGCCUUGUGCUCUGUCAUAUAUGGUACUGGGCUGAUAACAUCCCUACAGCAUCACAAAGAAGAGACAGUAAUAAAUGUUAAAUGCUACAAACUCCAAAGUGAUUGUUAUAGGUUGGUCACACCGCAAAAAUACUAAGGGCAAAAGAGACAGGCAGAUGUCUAAUGACAGUGGAGGUCUAUGGGACACUUCACCCAUCCUUGCAUACUCUGCCAGCAAUGAAUACCACUCUUCUCAUUCAUUGUAAAGGGUUUACUAAGCAUUUUAGAACCCCCCUGUACAAUAUUGUGAACUUUCAGUCACUCAUUCUGUCCCAUUUUGGGUCCCAAUUGUCCUAUCUGGCUAUAUUAUGGAAUAGUCAAGAAUGAGAAGGUCCCAGUUUCCAGUGGAGAGAUGAUCAUACAUGCUAGUUCCUCUCCAUUGCAAUGAAGGUGAGUUACUGAGAGAGUAUCAAGAUCUGAGGAGAUCCCAAGUCAUUGACCUCCUCUCAUGUGAUUAACCUCCACUGAAGUGAUUGACCUUCUCUCAUAACGACUGUUAGUACUCACCAAUGUGACAUUCAAACUUUAGCUAGUCCUAUGUUAUAUGACUAACCUUAAAGGGAAUCUGUCACCACAUACCUCGGAAUAAAACCAUCAGCCUGUGGAGAUGUGCAUUUGAAAGUAGAUUCUAAUGCUCUUUUCCCAUCUUGAUAUGAGCCCCAAAUUGGGAGAAAUAAGCUUUUUAAUUUUAUACUAAUUAGCCCCUCAGUACAACGAGGGUGUUGCUGUUGCACCUGAGACUCUGCACAUUUUCUUUCCAGGCCACACCCCCACAUAUUUGGUUAUCGCCAGACAGAUGUGCAGACAGAUUCCAUCAGUCCGGCGAUCUCAAGUCAUGUACUGCAGAUGCGCCAAACACACUGCCGUGAGACUUGAAGGCCAGACAUGAGAAUUUCUACACUGUCUGGCCGUGUCAGACAAAGUGGUGGGGCACGGCCUGGAAGACAAUGAGCAAAGCCUCGGGUGCAACAAGGUGCAACGUUGCACCUUGCUUAAAACUAAAAAGCUUAUUUCUCCAAAUUGGGGACUCUAAUGAAAAAGUCAAAAAGUAAUGGUCUACACUACAAGCGCUUAUGAAAACAUUUCU